AAAAAAUGACACUGCAAUUUAGUUGUUUCAAGUGUGUUUGUUAUGUUGAUAUAACUAAAGUCUAUUGGAUUUGUCCAAACAAAAAGAAAUACUAAGUUUUUACUGACUCAACUUCAUUCUAAGUUAAAUGAACAAGCAUGUAGUUGUUUCAACAAAAAAAAGCAAUUUAACACAACUUGGCCUACGCAUGCACUAUACUGCCACCUAUCGCCAGUUCUGUUCACCACGUCACCACCUGCCUUGUUCAAAGGAAAGCACACGGAGGAAGAUGAGCUUGCAUCCAAUCCUUAACCAUCCAACGCUUGUGAUGAUGAUGCCGUAUUCAUGAAGUGGACUUGUAAAUUGUGCCCAUUUUCAACCUACAAUCAGAGAAACAUCAGAAGGCAUUACACUCUGAAGCACGGACACCACAGCCGUUUUUGCCCCUUGCCUUGCAUCUUUACUGACUGUUUUUUCACAUUCCGAAGGCAAGUUGACCUUAACAGACAUUUAUUCAAGCAACAUGGAAAACAGCAGGAGAAAGGGUCUUCAGAUCCACUGACUUUUCAAAUACUCUGUGCAUUGUGCAGCUUUUGUGAACAUUGUAACCUUAAACAGUAUUUAUCACAUUUGCGUAGCCAUCUGAAAAAUAAGGAAACCGUGAAGUGCCCUUACCAGGAUUGCUCAUUUCAAUCAACUGUAUAUUCCACCUUUACAGGACAUCUUAGUCGUUAUCACAGUUCUGCUGGCAUAAAGAAUUUAAGACUUGAGUUGGUACGCAACCAUUUAUGUGAAAAUGGUGAGGAAGCUCAGGACAAUACAGAUUUGCUUAGUUUCAAUGAGCCUGUUGCAGAUGUUUUAGAAAAUGUUGAAAUUACUGAUGAGGUGUGUUUGCAGCGUAAAUUGGCAUCCCUUUUCUUGCGCAUGCAAACGCUUCUUCACGUUUCAAAGACAGCCACUCAGGAAAUCAUUGAUGAGUUUUAUGAGGUUAGUGUGCUCACUGGGGAACUAAGCAAGAAGUCCAUAGAACAAGUACUUUCCCAGCACAACAUCAGUUUAGAGCCAUCAACAUUUACACUAAUAGCGGAUACAUUGGAUAAGUCAGUGCCACUUUCAUUCUUGUCAAAAUCUGGUGAAUUGGGCACAGAACAUAAGAGAGCUUCUUUUUUCAGGCAAAAUGUUAAGAUUAUUGAGCCAGUGGAGUACUUUUUGGAUUCAGCAAAGGGCAGGAAAGAGGUUCAUGUUCCGCUUUUACCUGUUCUGACAGAGCUGUUGAAUAGGGAUGAUGUCCUUGACAAGGCCUUAGACGAAGAUGUUGGGUCAAAUUGUGGAUUCUAUAAAAGUUUUCUUGAUGGGAAAUAUUUCCAAGAAAACAUUUUUUUCUCUGCAGAGCCACUUCUUAGAGACAUUGAGCAACUAGAAACCAAAGGUGUAUACAUAGAAAGAUUAGGGGGCUGUGUUCAGGGUUUUGUUCAGGAAGCCGGAAGGAUUUUCAGACCAGUCAAGUGA